AUGGUUUUGAUAAAAGUUAUGAGACAUAUGCCUGGUGGCCCUGGUGCUGAGAAGUUUGAAAUGUCUUUUACACACAAUGCUGGAGAAUGUUGGGAACUUCAUGAUCAAUGCUUGUGGCCUUACUUUCUGCAUGAACUCACCUUCUUUGAAAUGGCAGAACCACCGGGAUCUAGAACACAUCUUGAAAGAAAUACUCCUACUAUUUCUCCUGCAAAAUGCAGGAUGUCCAAAAAAGAAAAUGCUUCAAAGGAUAUAUUCUGA